GCCCGCGUGGAGAGGAUGGAGCAGUUCCAGAAGGAGAAGGAAGAGUUGGAUAAAGGUUGCCGGGAAUGCAAGAGGAAACUCGCCGAGUGCCAGAAGAAAAUGAAGGAGCUGGAGGUGACGGACCCGGAAAAGGGGAAGGGGGAGCUGGAAAAACUCCAGGCUGAGGCCCAGCAGCUGAAAAAUGAAGAGAAAAGCUGGGAAAAUAAAUUGGAGGAGCUGAAAAAGAAGGAGAAGAACAUGCCCUGGAAUGUGGAUACCCUCAGCAAGGACGGCUUCAGCAAGAGCGUUUUCAACGUGAAACCGGAGGAGAAGGAGGAGACGGAGGAGCAGAAAGAGAAGAAGCACAAAACGUUCGUGGAGCGAUACGAGAAGCAGAUCAAACACUUCG